UAUUUCGAUUUUGACCGACAUAACUGAAAAGGAGCGCUACUAAGAAGAUCACUUCUUACGUUGGAUAAGACAAGGUGACAUUCUGGUAUAGCUGUGCAGCACAAAAAAGAAGAAGUUGCGCUUUUACCUGAGUUACAUCCGGAGCCCAACACUUAGUAAGAACUGCACAGUUUUUUGGCAUAUCAGUUGUUGACCUUUCUAAAGCUAUGGAUUCAGGACACCUGAGGAACCUGGUGAAGAACCCAUGUGGAAAUGAUCAAUUUAAUCAUUGGGAAAUUAUUGAAAAUGGGGGCAGUAUGUGGCGCGUUGAGGAAAUGCCUGGAGACUGUGGAUAUGACUUUCCUGAUAGCUCCAUUCUAACAUACUUUGUGACAUCUUUUGAAAUUUGCUUAAAAGAACAGACCAUUGACCUUGUCUCUGAGGGCUACACCGAGGAGAUUCUGGACUCCGUGCAACCCAAAAUUGAAGUCCAAGACUGGUUUUCAGGAAGAAAAGACUGUGGCUGCAACUAUGAAUUACAUGUUAGUCUACUGAAUGGAAAUCUAGAGCCUGUUAAUGAGUUUAAAGCAGAGCCUGUAAACCUUGAUCCAGAUAAUGAAGACUGCAUUUGGAGGAAGGUCAGUCAUGCUUUUGAAGACUAUGGACCUGGAGUGCGUUUUGUUCGUAUACAGCAUGGUGGCCAAGACACUAAAUUCUGGGAUGGAUGGUUUGGUGUCCGGGUGACAAACACUUCAGUAGUGGUGCAUUCUUAAUCCCAAGCUCAUGUUGCACUAUUUAGCUAGCCCAAACACAUGCAUUUAUCAUGAACUUAAAUGCAUUCAAUCUUAAUGAAAUAACUUGUCUGUCAUGGUCAGCCAGAGUUCAUUUCAUUCCAGAUUUGGAAUACUGUAUCUGAAAGCAUGUGUUUGCCUGGAUCCCUUCUUCUUUAGCUUGACUUUAUAUCUGAUUACCUUUCUGUCUUUCAGUGUCUAUCUAGGAAAGAUGGCAAUGUGUUUCUCUCAAGCAUUUUCAACAGAAACUUAAAUGCAAAACAUCAGCAAAAUUUGGUCACCAAGAUAUAGAAUGCAUUGAAUUAAGCCAUGCGCAGAUCUUUGGAAAGUGCAUACAUUUACCAAGAUUAACACGUGAAAAUAAUAAUAAAUGAAUAAAUGCUGCUAAUAAGUCGGGUAUUAAAAUGAGUUAAAUGGGAUAUGUAGCCUAUUAUUAUGUAUAUAAAAAGAAACGAUGUAACUACUAACAGGCUUAAAUGUCAUGAGGCAAAGAAUAGAAAGUUAACUGAUAUCUCUAUUAAUAUGAACGGAGACAAGAAAAUAUGAAUCUCUUUCUUUCUUUCUUAGUUUGGUUUUUACUGUGAUUAGGCUCAAAAUAAGGUCAUGUGAAAAGACAAUUUAAUACAGUGCACCAAAAAAAAGAAGCAAAGCAGCAAUAACUUAUACCUCCAUUGUUAGUAGCGCUCUGGAAAACCUUGUAAACUCAGAAAAGCUUUUCUGUUAAGCCUGUAUUAAUGAUAAAGCCAUGAAGAAAC